CUGCACUUCUGAUCUCAGCCUCAACAUGCCACAGCGCACAUAUUUACUGCUGGCAGCUGUUACAAUCUGCUGCUUCACAACUCUGCUUGCUGUCUCAAUGGAAGGCUUUACAUCCAAUAACAAAUGUCACUGUCUGACCACCACUGCAACCAUCAUCCCAUCUCGUUUUUUUAAAAGAAUUGAGAUCCUGCCUCCAGGAGCACACUGCCGCAAAACUGAGAUCCUAAUCACCAAAAAGGACAACAAAAUUGUUUGUGUAGACCCUGAAGCAAAAUGGAUCAACAAUGUCGUAUCGAAAGUGAUGAAGAGCAAAAGAGCUGUAAAGGAAAAUACUGUACCCACUGUGGCAUAAAUCAACAGAGGCAAGAGUGACCACAACAAAGACAUUUUCCAUAUUCUUAACUAUUCCUGUCAUUCAAAGAGCAAACUCAAAUGUACAGUAUACUGAAUGUUACUGUGUGAUUUUCAUGUAUAGUUUAUACAUUUAAAUUUUGUAAUCAUAAGCUUCCCACAA